AUGGCAGCAAUCAACGGCAGCCACCAUGCCGAACGCAAUAGUCCGCUCCGUGUACUCAUCGUUGGUGCAGGCAUUGGGGGGCUUACGGCCGCGGUAGCACUUCGUCGUCAAGGCCACGAUGUCGAGAUCUUCGAGCAGUCAAAGCUGGCACAGGAAACUGGCGCGGCAAUCCAUCUCGCCCCAAACGCUAACGGUCUUCUCCGCCGGCUUGGACUGAACGUGGAGAACAUUGGGGGUGUUGAGUGCGUUGGGGUCAUUGAAUGCUUGCCUCACAACAACCAGGUCAAAUAUGAAGUCGACAACACAAAGUUCGCCAAGAUGUGGCAGCAUGCCUGGUAUCUGGUGCAUCGCGCACAUUUGCAUACUGCUUUGAAGAAUAUGGCCAUUGAUACGGACGGUUUUGGCAAGCCCGCAAAGCUACAAGUUGCCAGUCGGGUGAAGACUGUAAACGCCCAAAAUGCUUCAAUCGGUCUUGAAGACGGCACAACGAUACAAGCCGAUGUGGUUAUUGGCGCUGAUGGGGUUCAUUCCAUGGCGCGAGCGAAUAUACCUGGAGGCGACCUGAGUCCUUUUGAUUCCGGCAAAAGCGCAUUUCGCUUCCUAAUACCUACAGACACGCUGGCAAGUGAUCCAAUGACUGCAGGCCCGACCUCAAAGCUUGGCUACCUAACGAUGUGGAUAGCGGAGGACCGAAGAGUUGUCAUGUACCCCUGUUCUAACAACACCAUGAUGAACUUUGUUGCCAUCCACCCGAGUCGUGAGUCGGAAGCGGACGUUACUGGAGAAGGUUGGCAGGAAUCAGCCAGUAAAGCCCGCAUGCUGGACAUAUACAAGGCCUUCGCCCCGGAAGUGCGGGCAAUACUGGAAAAGGCUGAGGACCCGAAGGUCUGGAAGCUUCUCGACAUGAAGCAGAUGCCCACCUUCAUCCAUGAAAAGCUCGCGGUCUUGGGCGAUGCUGCACAUCCGUUUCUUCCACACCAGGGGCAGGGUGGAGCGCAAGCCCUCGAGGAUGCGGUCGUUCUGGCAGCUGUCUUGCCUUUAGGGACAAAGCCGUCGGAUAUUCCAGAGCGCCUGCAGGUCUAUGAGCAGUGCAGAUACGAGCGAGCGCACCGCAUCCAGAACUUCACCCGUGAGGCGGGUUUGGAUGCUGCGGAAAUGGCGACGCUGGGAAAGAAGCUGGACAUGCAUGAGUACCAGGCAUAUAACUUUGGCCACGAUGCAUGGGACUUCUCGACCAAUGCUCUGCGGAAACAUCUGAACACCAAAGACACAGCGUUGCGAUUCCGUGCACCCAUCGAACUUGGCGCGAGUCCUGGCCCGCGUAGGCCGCUAGGUUUGCAUCCACAAAGCGAAGCAUUGCGAUUGUUGCGACAGAGUACUCCCGAGCGGGCACGGACAUACUCCGUGAAGUUCAGAACAUCUCAGACAUAUGUGCAGAACCUGCUCCCUUCUGGCUUCGCAUUUACCAGCCCAGCAACGGUGGUCUCUGCGAGCCUUAUGUGCACCACUCUGUCUGGGAUGACGUGGCUAGGCGGCGGCGGGUACUCCCACUUCGGUCUCUACUUGCACGGCGUGAACUACACCAAGCGGGAUGGAUCGAAAGUGUUCGGCACAUACAUGCCACUACUUUUUGAGGAUUUGACCGACCCCAUCAUUACUGGUCGUGAUGAAGUUGGUAUGCCCAAACUGUUCGCAGACAUUGAUGUACGACCGGAUGGAGAGCAGGGCUGCAAAAUUCUGCUGGUUUGGCGCGGAGUGCGAUUUGGUGAGCUUGACAUCUGCGGUCUCACCAAAGAGCAGCCAGUCGUCAACGGCGUUUCGCUUGAGCAACCUCACCGUGGUCCUGGGACUCCGCCGGCCCCUCCUGAAACGGGCAGGUUCCAUUACCGAUAUGUCCCAACCGUCGGCGAGCCUGGUAAAACGGAUGCCGAAUAUGCUGUCUUCGUACCAAAUGCGGCGCCAGAGGAAGGAGCAGAACCGCCAACGAACUUCGUGACGAAGUCGGCAAGCUUCUCGUUUGAUGGCAAAGACUGGCAGAGUCUACCUACGCUACACCACAUUACCUCAUGGCUAGCUGCUAUGCCAUGUUUGGGUGUUGAAGAGGGCAGGUUGACGCAGAGUGUGGGAGUCACCGAUAUAAGCAAUGCUAGACGGUUAGAAUGA